AUGACCACCAAGUCUCCCGGCCCAUCUGCAGGCCGCGACUCCCCGGCUUAUAUUCAAGAUGUAUCUGAGCACACCGUUGGCGGUGAUGACCUGUAUGCGUUUUCGGCAGUCUGUGAAUCUCACUUCCCAGCUAAUUUACUUGGCUGUACAAACGAAUUCAGACCUCCCUCCUUCUCUCAUUCGGUGCAGUUCCCGAUGCACUGGCAUGAGGAAAUGAUAACAGACAUAUAUCCACAUCCGGGACCCGCGACGCCAGCCUAUCUGGACACCAAUCUCCAGCAAAAGGCAUCUGAUAUGGCUAGUAUGAUUGGUUCAAAACGUGCACUAACUACAACAAACACAAACAGGGAGGGCGCUACUCACCAAGUCUUUGAGGGAAUAUCAUCGUUGGAGCCACUUGCAAAAAGAGCAUACCCAUGUAUAUCGAGCACACGUCCCCAACGCCAGGGAGCGCAUGAGGGGCUCGAUGCUAUGACCAGAAAGGUUGUUGAGGCGCUCCAGCGGUGCGGAAAAGCAACCUUUUAUGAACUGCAUAAGCUGACUGGAGUAGAGACAAGACGUUUAUAUGACAUUACGAACCUUUUGGCCAGCACGCCGUUCGUCUUCAAGGCUGGGCGCAAACGAGAACGAGCCCCGUUCGUCUUUGGAGAUGGCACUGCGACGGACGAGCCCGUAUCAAUAGAACACAUUCUUCUCGACAUAGAGCUAGAGCAGAUGAAGAUUCUCACCCUCUUAGACACCUUCAAUAGACGUGCGAAAGAGGGCGGACAGUUUAUGUUCACCUGUUGA